UUUAUCAUACUUAUUCUGCUUAUUCACGUAAAAAGUCUGUUCGAAAUGGUAUCUGAAUAUAACCGUAACGGUGACACUCAAUCGAUGUAUGAAGAAAGUGAAACCGACAAUGCAGAAGGAAAAGAAGAAGAGUAUGUUGUUGAGAAAGUUCUGGACCAUAGGGUGAACGACAAUACUUGGGAAGAUGAAGAAAAUAUGUAUGUACAAUUCGUUUUUGCUUUAAAAUUAUUAAAAGCUAAGGAUACAAUCAUCCAAUUGGUGAAAUGCAGAUACGCAAAGGAUCUGAUUGAAGAGUACUGGCAAAAACGAAAUAAUAGCAAAAAAUCCAACCAAAAAGGUUUGUCAAAACUUGAAAAACAACUUACCAAUUCAACGAAAAAAACUACAAAUGCAUCCCAACAGAAGACUGCACGAAAACGCAAGUACAUGGAACAAGAUGUUCAUA